UGACCCAGGAGGAGGCAGGGUGCUCAGUGUCUGCGCCUGGUGGACAGGGGGCGGCCACCUCAUGGCCUGGGCCCAGGUCUGUGCCAGCUGUUGCCGGCAGCUGGCUGAAGCAGUCCUGCCCACUGCCACUGGGGUUGAGACUGAGGAGAGGACCCUCUUGCUGGGCCCUGCCUCUGCCAGGCAGUCCCCGGGACCCUUGAUCCCAGGGGUCCCAGGUACCCCAAACCCUGGGUUCUCCUGCCCCUCUAACGGCUUCACUAGCAGUGACCCCCUUUCUGAGGGGUACAGGAAGGAGGGCCUGAGCACUGGUAGCAGCUCCACCUGGGGUCCUGGAGCCACAGCGGCCUCCUGGCCCACAGCCGUCCUUCUGGCCGACCUUGAGCAGGAUGCAAGGCAGGGGGAGUGUGCCCUUCCCAGGGCCGUCCCAGCAGGCCUGGCCCCACUGAAACCCGAAGCCAGCCGGAGCUCUAGCCCUGGGCCGACCAGCUGCAUGGGAGCAAGCGUAGUGGCAGAGGUCGGACCGAGAGACACAACCAGUGCCGGGCCUGAGCCAGAGACCUGGCUGCCUCGCUGCCAUGGCAGUCCUGAGACUCCAGAGCCCAGGAGAGGGCAACCACCGACUGCACCAGAACUGCCGUCAGUCAUGCUGUUGAAUGGGGACUGCCCAGAGAGCCUGAAGAGGGAAGAGGGGACUGCCGAACCGCCCCGGGAAAAUGGGCUGGAUGAGACCGAGCCAGGAGAGGAGACCACUGGACAGGAAGUCAUUGUCAUCCAGGACACAGGCUUUUCUGUGAAGAUCCUGGCCCCUGGGAUCGAGCCCUUCUCCCUACAGGUGUCCCCGCAGGAGAUGGUACAGGAAAUCCACCAGGUACUCAUGGACCGUGAAGACACGUGUCACCGCACCUGCUUCUCACUGCACCUGGAUGGCAACAUGCUGGACCACUUUUCAGAGCUGCGCAGCGUGGAGGGGCUGCAGGAGGGCUCCGUGCUACGUGUGGUAGAAGAGCCGUACACGGUACGUGAGGCCCGCAUCCACGUGCGCCAUGUCCGAGACCUGCUCAAGAGCUUGGACCCGUCCGAUGCCUUCAAUGGGGUUGACUGCAACUCCUUGUCCUUCUUGAGCGUCUUCACCGACGGCGACCUGGGAGACAGCGGGAAGCGGAAGAAGGGCUUGGAGAUGGACCCCAUCGACUGCACGCCACCCGAGUACAUCCUUCCAGGGAGCCGGGAGCGGCCGUUGUGUCCCCUGCAGCCCCAGAACCGUGACUGGAAGCCCCUGCAGUGCCUGAAAGUGCUCACCAUGAGUGGCUGGAACCCACCCCCUGGGAACCGUAAGAUGCAUGGGGACCUCAUGUACCUGUUUGUGAUCACGGCCGAGGACCGGCAAGUCAGCAUCACGGCGUCCACGCGGGGCUUUUAUCUGAACCAGUCGACAGCGUAUCACUUCAACCCCAAGCCCGCCAGCCCCCGCUUCCUCAGCCAUUCCCUGGUGGAGCUGCUCAACCAGAUCAGCCCGACCUUCAAAAAGAACUUUGCUGUGCUGCAGAAGAAAAGGGUCCAGCGCCACCCGUUCGAGAGGAUCGCCACCCCAUUCCAGGUAUACAGCUGGACAGCCCCCCAGGCAGAGCACGCCAUGGACUGCGUGCGCGCAGAGGAUGCCUACACCUCGAGGCUGGGCUACGAGGAGCACAUACCCGGACAGACCCGGGACUGGAACGAGGAGCUGCAGACCACGAGGGAACUGCCCCGCAAGAACCUGCCUGAGCGGCUGCUGCGAGAGAGAGCCAUAUUCAAGGUGCACAGUGACUUCACGGCGGCAGCCACACGGGGUGCCAUGGCGGUCAUCGAUGGCAACGUGAUGGCCAUCAACCCCAGUGAGGAGACCAAGAUGCAGAUGUUCAUCUGGAACAACAUAUUCUUCAGCCUGGGCUUCGAUGUCCGUGACCACUACAAGGACUUCGGUGGGGACGUGGCGGCCUAUGUGGCGCCCACCAACGACCUGAAUGGCGUGCGCACAUACAAUGCAGUGGACGUGGAGGGGCUCUACACGCUGGGCACGGUGGUGGUGGAUUACCGUGGCUACCGUGUUACGGCCCAGUCCAUCAUCCCCGGCAUCCUGGAGCGGGACCAGGAGCAGAGCGUCAUCUAUGGCUCCAUUGACUUUGGCAAGACAGUGGUGUCGCACCCACGAUACCUGGAGCUGCUGGAACGCACGAGCCGGCCCCUCAAGAUCCUGCGGCACCGGGUGCUCAACGACCGCGAUGAGGAAGUGGAGCUCUGCUCUUCCGUGGAGUGCAAGGGCAUCAUCGGCAAUGAUGGGCGCCACUACAUCCUCGACCUGCUGCGCACCUUCCCCCCUGACCUCAACUUCCUGCCCGUGCCUGGCGAGGGGCUGCCCGAAGAGUGCACCCGUGCUGGCUUCCCCCGCGCCCACCGGCACAAGCUCUGCUGCCUGCGCCAGGAGCUAGUGGAUGCCUUUGUGGAGCACAGGUACCUCCUCUUCAUGAAGCUGGCUGCCCUGCAGCUCAUGCAGCAGAAAGCCAGCAAGUUGGAGAGCCCCACCUCACUGGAAAACGGCGGUCUCCCCUCCCCGGAGUCCAAGCCUGAAGACCCUCCAGGACCCGAGGCGGGAAGCGAGGAGGAGGGCAGCAAUGCUAGUGGCCUGGCCAAGGUGAAGGAGCUGGCGGAGACCAUCGCCUCGGACGACGGGACAGCAGACCCUCGGAGUCGGGAGGUGAUCCGCAACGCAUGCAAGGCAGUCGGCUCCAUCAGCAACACAGCCUUUGACGUUCGCUUCAACCCUGACAUCUUCUCGCCAGGGGUUCGCUUCCCUGAGUCUUGCCAGGAGGAAGUUCGGGACCAGAAGCAGCUGCUGAAAGAUGCCGCUGCCUUCCUGCUCUCCUGCCAGAUCCCCGGCUUGGUGAAGGACUGCACAGACCAUGUGGUGCUGCCCAUGGACGGGGCCACACUGGCCGAGGUGAUGCGCCAGCGUGGCAUCAACAUGCGCUACCUGGGCAAGGUGUUAGACCUGGUGCUCCGGAGCCCGGCUCGUGACCAGCUGGACCACAUCUACAAAAUUGGCAUUGGAGAGCUCAUCACCCGCUCUGCCAAGCAUAUCUUCAAGACAUACUUACAGGGAGUUGAGCUCUCUGGCCUCUCAGCUGCCAUCAGCCACUUCCUGAACUGCUUCCUGAGCUCCUACCCCAACCCCGUGGCCCACCUGCCCGCUGACGAGCUGGUCUCCAAGAAGAGGAACAGGAGGAGGAGAAACCGUCCCCCGGGGGCGGCGGAUAACACGGCCUGGGCCGUCAUGACCCCCCAGGAGCUUUGGAAAAACAUCUGCCAGGAGGCCAAGAACUACUUUGACUUCAGCCUCGAGUGUGAGACUGUGGACCAGGCUGUGGAGACAUACGGCCUGCAGAAGAUAACGCUGCUGCGGGAGAUCUCCCUGAAAACCGGGAUCCAGAUCCUGCUGAAGGAGUACAGCUUCGACAGCCGCCACAAACCCGCAUUCACUGAGGAGGAUGUGCUCAACAUCUUCCCCGUGGUCAAGCACGUCAACCCAAAGGCCUCGGAUGCCUUCCACUUCUUCCAGAGCGGGCAGGCCAAAGUACAGCAGGGCUUCCUGAAGGAGGGCUGCGAGCUCAUCAAUGAGGCCCUGAACCUGUUUAACAACGUGUACGGAGCCAUGCACGUGGAGAUCUGCGCCUGCUUGCGCCUCCUGGCCCGUCUCCACUACAUUAUGGGUGACUACGCUGAGGCCCUGAGCAACCAACAGAAGGCAGUGCUGAUGAGUGAGCGAGUGAUGGGCAUCGAGCACCCCAACACCAUCCAGGAAUACAUGCACUUGGCCCUGUACUGCUUUGCCAGCAGCCAGCUGUCCACGGCCCUGAACCUGUUGUACCGCGCCCGCUACCUCACACUGCUCGUGUUCGGGGAGGACCACCCGGAGAUGGCACUGCUGGACAACAACAUCGGGCUGGUGCUGCACGGAGUAAUGGAGUGUGACCUGUCGCUGCGCUUCCUGGAGAAUGCGCUGGCCGUCAGCACCAAGUACCACGGGCCCAAAUCCCUCAAGGUGGCCCUCAGCCACCACCUGGUCGCCCGGGUCUACGAGAGCAAAGCCGAGUUCCGGUCAGCCCUACAGCACGAGAAGGAAGGCUACACCAUCUACAAGACCCAGCUGGGCGAGGACCAUGAGAAGACCAAGGAGAGCUCUGAGUACCUCAAGUGCCUGACCCAGCAGGCCGUGGCCCUGCAGCGCACCAUGAAUGAGAUCUACCGCAACGGCUCCAGCGCCAACAUCCCACCCCUCAAGUUCACAGCCCCCAGCAUGGCCAGUGUCCUGGAACAGCUCAACGUCAUCAACGGCAUCCUUUUCAUUCCUCUCAGCCAAAAAGACUUAGAGAAUCUGAAAGCUGAGGUGGCACGGCGGCAUCAGCUCCAGGAAGCCAGCAAAAACAGGGAGAAGGCCGAGGAGCCCAUGGUCACCGAGCCUGAGCCAGUGGGGGCCCCAGAGGAUGUGGCCUCCCAGCCCCCGGCUGCCAAGGACCCUUCUUCCCCGAGCUUUCAGGGGUAGAAAGGGAGAGACAGAUGAACAGUCAGCUGCCCCGUUAACCAGUGAUCCGGACUCCAGGAGAAGGGGAGCAUGCCCUGCAGAUCGGGAGAGGAAACAAGUCCCUCUUCUUCCACGUUUCCGACCCCAGCCCCAUCCCCAGCAUCCUCCUGGGACCCCGGCCUGGCCUGCCUGUCCCCAGAAAGAUGUUUUUGCACUGGUUCAAUGAAUAUACGAUGCAGAGGCCUAACUGAAGACAUGUGAAUGGAGUGUGUGGGCAUCAGUUCCCAGCUGGGGGGCAGGUGGCCCCACAGGCCCCCAUCCUCGAGCAGUGUGUGCGAAUGUGUCCAUGCCCGUGAGCGUCUCGGUCCAUCCUUCCUAAUUGUACAUAGCCCCGAGUGGAUGACGUGCAGCUGAGAUUUCUCAGGUCAUUUGUAUGUUUGACAUUAUGGCUGCUGCUUUUGCUGCCACUACCCCUGGUCCAGCCUGGCUUAAAGUCCAGGUUUGAAGCCAAAAAGAGGGGAGCUUUCCUGUGUCCUGGGAUGGGGAGCCAGAGCUCCGUGGCAGGGCUGGAGGGUCGGGGUGCACUUUAGCUUUGUGGCAAGGUGGGAGCUGCGGUAGCAGCUUUACUAAUUGGGAUGGGUCUGGCCUGGCUGUGCUGGGGGUGGGCCGUGGCGGUGGUUCCUCAGACACCCCUGUGCCCAGCCACAGCCUGUCUGCCCUUGGGCCCCGGCAGGAGGCGCUGCCUCCCCACUCCCUGCACCCCAGUCGGGGCUGACUUUGGGGGCAGCAGUCUGAAUGUAUCCUUCUCCCCAUUUAACCUGAGCUGCCUAACGCACAGUGGGGGUCGGGGGGAGUGAGGGGUUGAGGAACCAGGGCUGAAUCAUGGAUCCUGGGGGGGAAGCUACUAGAUACAGGAGUGAUUAUCAUUGUUUGUGGAGCCCAGGUCCCUACCUGGUCCUUGCCACACAAGCACCUUCUACAGAGAGUAGCUCUGGGUGGCAGGGUGGGGGCUGCAUGGAACAUGGCGGCCCUCACAGGCCCUGGCUCCUCCCUCUCUCGCCUGCCUGUGCCGCUUCUCUGUGCCUGCUGUUGGAGCCCUGAUGGGUGGGUGGAGUUCGCCACCCUGGUGAGCCUGAGGGAGGUGUUCCCAGGAAGGGGCCUCUGCCUGGGAGCUUUGCGGGGAGCUGCUUAUGGGUGUUGUCUGUCCAGACACCUUGUUUCAAAGGGAGUGGGCGGGAGCUAGCAAGCAAAGCAUCCCCACAGCUGAUCAAGAACUUUUUCUUGUUUUUAAACCAUCACGUCUUCAUUUCACAUUGGAAUAAAGUGAGUUUUUGAAACCUGC